CUCGCCUUCAUCUCCCUCGUCCUAAUCCAAUUCUCACCGCCAUGAAUUCUAUCACCGUCACUAAAAUUAAAAGCCACCUUUUCCUCCUCUUCCUCCUCCUCUCUCCUCUAACUCUAUCCUCAGUAGUUAGAGGAGACGACGUAAAGAAAGAGGAUAACAAGCAGCAAGACCCGAGCCCAGUCGAGAGGGCCGUCGGCAUCACCGGACUCAACAGCCGCUGGGAUGCGAUCCGGACUUGGGCAAAACUUGCUUGGAUGAACCUCCGGCCUCCGGAUUUGAAGUUUGGUCAGGGAUCGGAUACGAAUGUGAUGAAAGAGGCGGCGACCAGGAGCUUCGAGACGAGCAAGCAGACUGUGGAGCAGCCAAGGUGGCAGGGGAGGCCGUGGAGAAGGCUACAGAGAAGCUCAAGAGGAGUUUGUCGAGCGAAAGAGAGCCUAUUAAUGUAGAGCUUUAAAAUAUAUGUAUUUGCAAAUGAUCAGUCAGUUACCCUUCGGAUUCUAAUGUUAUAACUGUGAU